CGAGGACCGAGUUUGGGAAACCCUCCAUUAGGGCACAAGAGAAAACAAAAAUAAGUGUUUAUCAUUGUAAAGUUUCAGGUAGUAUCUCCUGUUUCACAUUAUUUUAUUCCAUUACGUGUCUACUGAAUACGACCCCGUCCUAAACGGAGCAGCAGGCAUCUGGCCAAGACCAGACCUCAAUAACAACCACAACUAGACGUCUGGAAGCAUCUCGAACGUCAUUUAGACUGAGUGGAGAAAACCACCGCUCCUUUCUCUGGCAUGGGGACAGGGGGUCAUGUGGACCCUUUCGAAAGAGAGGGAAUUCUCAAUGGCUGUACAGGCUCCGUCCAACGUUGUUCAGCGAAGGAAGAACCAACGUUAUGGCAAGAAGAAGACCACAACCUAUCUGGGACUGAUUGCUCAUGUCAUUCAGGACUCUCCAGACAAGAUGCUCACAUUUACUCAGUUGAUGGACAAGUUGGGAGCUUUCCUCUCAGGAGACAGAAAAGGCAUCGAGAACAACAUCAGGGUCUGCUUAUCAUCCAACGAUUGUUUUGUCAAGGUUCCAGUCAGUCCAUAUAUGCCACACUCAAAAAAGAACUUCUGGAAAGUCGACGAGAGUCAAAUAACAGCGAAGAUGGCAAGACGCCACUUCAAAGGCAUACUGGACUUGUUCCCGGAGUUGUCCACCAAAGUGCGAAUGGAGGCAGAACAGAUAUCAGAGCGCUUUGCAGCGGUCUUCUCACCACCAAAACCAACCCUCGCCAGCCCUCAAAUGCAGAAUAAUAAUGAGGUGAACUUUAGCAGUCCUUUCUCCAUCGAAUCCAUCUUGAACAGAGACAGUCCUUCUCGUCUGAGCCCAAGACCCGCUCCAUUGUCGGUUGUGUCCAGCGCGCCAACUGAUCAACCGCCAUUCCGCGCGGAGAGAGGAGUUGGAACCACGAGGAUGAGCCGGGCCUCUCCACUUGUGGAGAUGAACCUUGUUCCCCGCGCAGGUGACGGUUAUCCCAGCUACAGGACAGUGGCAACCACAGUCCACGGAAUCAUUGGUGAUGAUGAUGGAAGGAGUAUCAAGAACGUGCGUAUGUGUGCUGAGCCCUCCUACCCGAAAUACUCCAGACCCAACGCUGCUCCUCGUUUUGCCGACCCACCGCGUAACUGUUAUUUGAAGUACCCUGUGCCCAGGUACGCUUGUGCUGCUCACCAUUUUGGAUUGUAACUAAUUUUUUUCUUCGUUUAUUGUCAUCGUGCACUGUUAACUUUUGUGUAUUUUUUUAAUAAAGUCUACU